CAGUGAGUAUCUCUCCACAGGGUCUCCUCUACCCUGGAGAGACAGUCACUCUGCAGUGUGUCAUACAAGACUACGCAUACUGGACGUACCACUGGUUCAAAAACAACAAACAGCUUCCCAAUGUGAUGAGUAAAGCAAUCAAAAUAACCAUCCCCAUCACUCUGACUGGUCUGGCUGGUCCGUAUAGAUGUGAGGGAAGGUGGGCACGUCGACCCAAGAGGUCACAACCUAGUGACUCCCUCUUCAUCACUGUCACUGCUCUGCCCAAAGCUACACUGACUGUGAAGCCAAACCCUGCAUACACUGGAGAGACAGUUACUCUGACGUGUUCAGUAGGGUCUGACAGUAGCUGGAGCUAUCAGUGGUACAAAGACAGGAAUGAUAAUGUAGUAUCCCAGUCUGUCAGACACACUAGAACAGGAGACACCCUCACCAUCAGUAGAGUUGUUGAGUCUGACCAGGGUCUCUACUGGUGUCAGGGAGAGAUCCGGUCCAGAUCCAUAUCAUCAAUCAUCAGUGAUCCUGUCACCAUCACCCUGAAUGUCCCUCCAGGUUCCGUUGUCUCCAUCUCUCUGCCCAGGCUGCUGUGUGGUCUACUGGUGGUGUCUCCCUUUCUACUGGUGUCCAUAGUGAUGAUGGUGAAAUGCUGCAGGGCUCGAGGUUUGUGUUCAACAGUCAAAUCUCCUCAAGACCAGAUACGAUGUGAUGAUGUCAUCGAACAGAAAAAAUCAUCAGUGUGAACAUUACAGUAUGAACUGUAAGCUGAAUAACCAUUUUUAUGAUUGUAAAGUUUUUACCAUUUAUAUAUGAUAGUGUUUACUCAGUUUAAUAUCAUUGAAUAGAAUUUUACAACUGAUUUUGUAAGUUGACGUUUUCAGCUUUUGCUGGCUUGUAUGUUUUCCUUUGUUAUUGUUGAUUGAUGUUGAUUUUUCUUGAAAUAUUACACUUACCUGUCUUUAUUUCAGUUUGUUAAACAAUAGUGUAGUGCCUGUUUUGGUGGAUAUAUACAGUAUGUGAAUCUUUUCCAUUUUAAAUUCUAAUUUAAAAUACUAAAGAUGUGUUUAUACUUUGUUGGCAGACCUACUAUAACAGUUAAGAUGGAACACAUAGCUAUAGUUUGUUUAAAAAAAUGUAUAUAUACAUAAUGCAGCUUUAAUGCUUAUUUUUAUAUUAAAGGUAGACUCAGAGAAAUGACAUUGCCACGAGUAGCACCACAGAUAUUGAGAUGAGUGAGAUGUAAUACUUCACUCUCACACAGUCCCACACAGUAUCUGUGCAUAUGUACGGGUUCACUUCACUCUGUUCACAGUGUGGUAGCCACAAGACCAAAACAGAGGAGAAGUUGAGCCUCAUGCUUCAACACUCUUAGAUGUUGUGGAAAUUGAACCACUGUGCAGUUUACUUUCUACAUCUACGUCGUAUCGCUGAGUCUACGUUUAAACUCCUUACUUUUUACUUAUAUUCAUUUUUUCUAUACUGUUUAAAUUUGACAGCAGAUAUAUAUU